ACAACUGAGAGACGAACUCAUGUGCUUGUGUUGACACUCCGUUAGUUUGACAGCUGGUGUUUUUGCACUUUAGUUUCUGUAACGACAUGUCAUCUGUACUGGCAUUUCCAUAUGCUCCUCAGCAAGCGUGGGGGAUGGUAUUUGCGAAGGUAAAAAGAGCGGUGGUCUUUAUGGACGAUGCGUGUGCCGAGAGUUUGCAUUGGACCGGAGGGGCGGUGAAGUUAUUCGAAGCUGGGGCUGUGGAUGUCAAGGCAUUUUCAAGCUUCGAAGCCGGAGCCGCGAACCAGCCGAAAGCCGUAUUCGUGGUGAGCACUUUAUUGAAAGGGAAAACUGCUGACGUGAUUAAAGACAUUAUCAGCCUCAGCGCCUUCCGGUACAGCAUUGUAAUCACGGCUGUCGCUCACUCUGUGCAUCUAUUCGCCAGCAAUAUCAGCGUGGAAGCUGAAGGGUACCCCUUGUUCGAGCAGUUUGAAGAAAAGCUCUGCGAAUGGAUGGGAAACAUGAAUUACACAGCUGAGGUGAUGCACGCCUCCCUGCUCUUCUGCCCGCUAUCCUCUCAUUUGCUUUCAACUCCUGCACUUAGUCGUCUCUUCCCCCUCAUUCCCGAAGAUGUAAAUUCGAUCAAUAGGACCCGUCCUGAUAAAAAGAAAUUCACCAGUUUCACGGAUGUUGAUUUUGGUUCUUUGCCUGAUGAACUACAAAUUUCAAUUAGAGUCCUCGUCUCAAGUCUCAGUGCAAUGCUAGACAUCUUGAGCAUAAAGGAAGAAUGCUUUGCUGUAGGGCCCACCAGUCGAAUAAUUGCUAGCGAGCUAGCAAAUAGUCUUCAUUGUAAAAACAGAAGAAAGGUAGCACAAAACAAGGCUUCCUUGCUGUUCAUUGACAGAACACUAGACUUGACAGGUCCUGUUGGCCACCAUGGUGACAGCCUGGCAGAGAAGAUUUUAUCAACUCUUCCUUCAUUACCAGGUCACAAUAGUGAUGUUAUGGUUGAUAUGAUGGAACUAACUUGCCUUCGCUGUGAUGAAGAAACCAGGAAUAUCAUUGCUCCAGGCUGUUUAGCCCAACCAAAUGAUCCUGCUGCCAGUGUCCUUUGGGAGUCAAUGUUAAACCUGAAACACAAGGAGGGGGUAAUGGAGGUCAGGAGACACCUAGUGGAGACUGCCAGUAAAGAGAAUCUGCCCAUUAAGAUGACUCUAGGCCGAGUUACACCUGAACAGCUCAGUUCCUACAUUCUUCUUUUUAAAAACAACUUUAGAGCACUAGAGGACCAUUGUGGCAUUCUUCAGCUAUCCCUGGCCACAGUACAAACGAUAAAACACCCUGAUUUCUGCAAGAGUGACUCUUUUCUUGCAUUUGAGCGACUGCUAUUACAGGUGCUUGGAGAUUCUGGUUUACACAUUGUCUUGCGACAAAUGCUGCCAAUGAUCAAAACCAAAAAAGAGAGAAGAAAUGAAGACCUUAAUGGAAGUGAUAUACUGGUUCUACUUGUUUACAUUUAUUCACUGACUAAUGAGAUUUUGGAGAGCAGUCAGCUAGAUGAAGCAGAGUGGGAAGUGAAGAAGGCUUUGGUGAAUGUGAUACAUGAUGAGAUUAGUUCUUGUCCGCUACUACAGAGGAUUACAGGAUGCUCUUCCUUUUCUGAAAUGACAUCUGAGAAGAGCCAGAUUGUUGUGGAUAAGAUGUUUGAAACCCUGAGAGGGAUUACAAGAAACAGAGCACAUCUGAAGCAGUUAAGAUCUGUGUACACUCCAGGGGACAACGUGCACCAGGGGACAUACAAACCAAUGCUGAAGCAAAUUGUAGAAGAAAUCUACAGAGUGGACCGGUCUGAACCUUCGGAUAUUGAGCAUAUGUCUGCAGGCCUUACAGAAUUGUUAAAAACUGGAUUCAGCAUGUUUAUGAAGGUGAGCCGUCCCCACCCCAGUGACCAUCCAGUUUUGAUCCUCUUUGUGGUGGGAGGAGUAACACCCUCAGAAGGACGUUUGAUUAAAGAGAUAGUUAGUUCACAGAAACUGGCCACUCAGGUUGUAGUGCUCACCACCAGACUGCUGAGACCCACGGAUAUUCCUGAGCUCCUGUUUGCCACAGACCGGCUGCACCCAGACAUCGGAGUCUAAGCCAAGUGAAAUACCAAAAAACAAGACGAUGCUGUCAAGAGAAUCUUGUGUGUCUUUACAUCUCUUCUAUUCAAAUAGGAUAAUUUUCUUUUAUUAGAAGGCAGGACAUGAAAAUAAAUGGAAAUCAUUGUAAUUUUGGUUGUGUCCUUUUAAAAUAGAUAGGUGGAAUUUUUCUUUUAUGCACAGUAGGUGUCCAUUUUUACAGUAACCAAGACAAAGCAUGCAUCAUUAUUUCUACUUUUAGAAUAAUUUAUGUUUGAAAGUGUAUUAUAGGUAGCAUGGUAGCUGAGUGGUUAGAGUUACUACCUCACAUCUCCAGUGUUGUGAGUUCAAAUUGUACCUGGUGGGAAGUAGGCACAUUCUGCCUGUGUCUUUGUGAGCUUCCCCAUAGUUAUUUCAGCUUCCUUCUCUAAAUGUGAGUAAGUUUGACUAUAUGAAUGAAUGUGCCCUUCUGAUUGGCUGCCCCCCUCUCCAUUGUUGGUUCCUGCCUUGUGCCUGAUGUUAUUGGGAAAGGCACCCUGGCAUGAACUGCAUAAGAUUUGAAAAUGGAUGGAGAGAAGGAUUUAAGCUUAUGUACUGAUUCAGCGAAUUUAAGUCUAAUAAAUUAAUGAAAAUUGAGGCAGACAUUCCUUUGAAACUUCUACAAAUAGUAGCAGAACUACGAGAAAAAAAAACAAAGCCAGGGGAUGCUUGAUUAACAAAAAUAAGCAUAUUGUAUUUUUAUUCUGUGGCAGUAAUCGGGUAUUCACUGGUACCUCGACUUCACUUUAAGACACAUUGGGUUUAAAAAUUCCUUUGCCUUAGAUGGAAAAUAUUAGGCUUUCAGAAAGCUCACAUCUGUUCAGCAGACUGCAGUAAAGAAAUCCAGCAGAUUACAUUAGUCGAAAAUAUUUAGAAUUUGCCCUCUUCCUUUUUUAAUAAUAAAAAUGUUCACUUUGAUUAAAAA